UCUCGAGUAUCGGCCCCCUCCACUCAUUAUUGUCAUUUUCAGUCCGGCAAAAGCCCUGAUCACGCGAUCGCGCACAUACACCGCGCGGUCAUCACACGCGACCAUGGUCCGACGGAAAUCCCAAGAGCCCGAAAAGGCUCAAAGGCUGUCUCUCGCCGAGUUGGCUGCCCACGACGACGUGUGCUCGGACGCUCUGAUCGACAAUGCAUACUACAAGUCUCGCAUACGGAAGAACCGAACCAAGCACAUUCCCGUUCGUGGCAUCAAGGAGGAUGAGGUGCCCAAAAUCCUCCUUCACAAGGUCAUUGUCGACAAAGACCUACCAGGCGCUGAGAAGGCUUUACUCGCAUUACCUGGACUUAAGAGGUAUAAGAAGGGUCUACGCACCAGAACCGAACAGGAACAUUUCCUCAGCCACAUUCGAAAAUACAUUGCGAUGUACCAGACCGAUUGCCCUUGGGAAGUCUCAACCACGAAUCGCUACACUAUUACCACUUACGAGGCCGCUGUGACCGCCCGACGUCGAAUACGACAAGGAGACACGGUCAAGUAUCUCGUGGGUACUCUGGUGCCACUCACUACCGAAGAAUCAGCGGAAUUGGAUCUUAGUAAUCGUAAUUUCAGCAUCGUUGUUUCGGCGCGAAAGAAGAAUUCAUCAAUAUUUUUGGGCCCAGCUCGUUUCGCCAACCAUGACUGCGACGCCAACGGACGUCUUGUGACCAGGGGCAAUGACGGUAUGGAGGUUGUGGCUGUGAAGAACAUUGACAUCGGCGACGAGAUCACUGUUUCCUACGGCGACGACUAUUUCGGGCCGGCAAACAUCGAUUGUCUGUGCCAUACUUGCGAAACGCUGGAGCGCAAUGGUUGGACAUCAAAGACCGGCAUUCUCGGCUCGGAUAGUCAUGCUUCCACCCCUGCCCCUGAACCUCAGUCGGAACCUCGAUCUCGCGGGCUCAAACGCAAGAGAGAAUCGGAGGUCUUUUCAGCAUCGUCUAUUGGCAGUCCUGCAUUGAAACAUCUGAAGACACAACAAUCUCCUUCCAAGUUGCAACAUUCGUGGACGCCGCCAGGAACCUCAGAGCCGCCAAGUGAAGCGACCAAUCCUGUGCAAACGACCGAAAGUAUCGAAGAUGUAGCGCCUAAUGCGCAGGAAGAAGACACUGCCCUGUCGCCGCCCGAUAGUCCGCCAGAGCUGCAGGAGGGUGAGACGCAGGAAAAUGUCGUCCUCACUCCCGUACAGUUGGAUUUGCCGAACACAAUGACUGGGCCAGAAGGGGUUAGGCAGAGCUCCCCAGCUAGUGCCAAAGGCAGGAAAGGACCGCGCGAAAGCAAAAUGCCAGCAAGAUUACUAGGCAAAUUCUCGGCACGAGCGCCGAUAUCCCCAGCUCCUACAUCUCCGUCAAGUCAUGGAUCUGGGUCAGACACUGGUCCAACAAUUCAGGCUCCAAUCACAGACAGUGCUGUUACAAUCAAGGUCGAGACGGUGGAAACGACAAAAGUUGAGGCAGAUGAAGAUACUAUCGUUGUUCGUCGUAGCUCCACGAGAAUGAGCGAAGACCCAUCCGACGUCGACCCCAGAGAUGUCGCCGACAUCGCGGCCUCUGUACCGCAUGUGGUGUCGACUCUUACUACAACGACCGUAACCAAAAAAGUUCACGAGCCUGAGUCAUCAGACAUCCUGGAAGGUCAAGUGUUGCCUUCGAUCGAAGCAAACAGUACCACCACAACUGUGUCUCAAUUGACGGUUCAUCCUGUAACGGGAACCAUCCGCAUCGCUGGAGAUUACAUUCUGACACGAAAACUGCUGGCGCAGCCCCACGACCGAUGGGUACAAUGCCACAAUCCACUGUGUUUAGGCUUCUUCAUUCAGCCUAAUGGAUACCAAACAAGACGAGAAUGUCCACGAUGCGAACGACACAGCAUGCUCUAUGGCUAUGAAUGGCCCAAAACCGAUCCUGAUCCGCGCAAACUGCUUGAGCGCACAGGAGGCGGGCGUGGCAAGAAAGGCAUUCCGACAGUUGAGUACAGCGCGUACAGGCGCAAAGGAAGGUGCGGGAAAGGCACAUGGGUCGAAGGCGGCGGAGACGAAGAAGAAAGAGUCAUGGAUCAUCGUACGAUUCAUCGGUUUGUGCUGCCGGAAGAAGAGAGAGACAUAACGAGGAGAGGACUGCUCAGGGAAGCAGAGGUGGCAAGAGCUGCGGGUGAUCACGCCCUAGCACUCCUCGAAGCCAAGAUGCAUGCUGGUUCGAGGGGACUGGGGACUGAAAGUGCGGCAAGAGACAGUGAGAGUGGUAACGGAUCCGCUACUCCUGAUGAUGCGAGACGGAGAAGUAACCGAUUUGUUACGAGGCCUGUGGCUGUUUACACGGACCGGUUUUGAUGCCAUUGUUGGUGGAAUGGUUUAACUACUGCAACCUCUUGUGGUGCGCAGGGUAUCGUUGUUUUAUUAUGAGCUUGGGACUUUCAAGUCUGUAUCCCUGGUAGUCAGAACCAGCUUACGGCACAGGUAUUGGUUCCUGUUGGAUCAAUAAAAGCUGGCAUUGGGUGGAAUUGUACAUAGAGAUCGUUGGAAUGCAGAUCAACUCUUGAUUGAUCAAUUUGUGCCUGAUUCAGAAAUGCGCGCUGCUAAGUGGU